GUGGAGUGAUUUCGAAGAGAAAAUCAUAAAUAUACAAUAUAAACGGUGAAAACAAAUCUUAGAUAGCCGUAUCAUUGGCAAUUAUACCAUAUCUUCUUAUGUUUAUAAGUGUACAAGAUGUGUAUAGAAUGGGGAUCGACGUUUAGGAUAACAUUGCUUUGAAUGCAAACAAAUCGACUGUAGGAUUAAAAAAUUGGUGUAGAUGUUUAAGGAUUGUAUUAAAAAAGAUGAAGAGAAGGUCAACCUUGCUGAUCAGAAAAGUCUUAAAACACAAAACGUCAUGGAUUGUGGCCGUGUUUAUAUGCUAUUCAGUGUUGAUGCUAACAAACAAUUUAUACAAAGCCGAAGAUAGAUGGAUUGAAGUAGAAUUAGGUAAAGGAGUUACUAUGGAAAAUAUGAUAAAUGUUUCGAGGCCAGAAACAAUUAAGGACCAUACACUAGGUGCAAUCAUGGAGAGUAGAAAACAUAACCUAGACAAGCAUUGCUACAACAGGAUUGACGUUGGAAGGUCAGAUGAAGACAAUUUCAAGGCACAUAUGCAAUUUGUCCCAGAGGAGAAGAUGGUAUAUUGUGGAAUUGAGAAAGUGGGGUCGACAUUUUGGCGACGUCUUAUUCAGUUACUACAUAAACAUGAAAUUAAAAGUCCGUACUCGAUUAAACCUCGGGAUUGUAUGCAAAAUUACCAAUCUUUCCAAUCCCAGAAGCUUGACAAUUAUCAUGAUAUUUUAAAAGAAAAUUCUAAAUUUUUAUUCGUUCGUGACCCUUACUCAAGAUUAUUAUCCGGGUAUUUGGACAAGAUUUUUUCUCCUAACCCAUAUUAUUGGUAUUUAAUUGGGUCAAAAGGCAAGCUGUGGAGUUUACACGAAAACAGAAAAAACACUGUGGACACGAUGUUACGUUUCCGGAAAUGGUGGAAUAUUUCAUACACACCGAAGAACUAAAUAAAGAUCGAGAUGGACAUUUUUUACCAGCAACGGACCAUUGUCGGCCAUGUUUUGUAAAGUAUGAUUACAUUGGUAAAAUGGAGACAUUUGCAAAUGAUGUUCAUUUCAUUUUGAAAGAAUUCAAUCUUGAAAAUUAUACGUCUGUUUUAAAAGAUUUUAAAACGGACUCUAUUUUAGAUUCGAUAACUGACACUGUUGAAACUUUUCGAGACGUCCGCAGUACGUUUACUAAGUGUUUAGGU